GUUUUGUUUAUGUUUGUGUUCCAAAUAAAGAUUUUGUAAAAAUUUAAGUUGUGAUGAAACUAUGAUGCGCCCAAGUCGAUCGCGGUUUCUUCGGUGUGGUGCUCGACUUGAUCGUGGUCCCUCUUCAAACUCGGUUGAAACGGUUGUGCGAAAUGUUAACAUCCGGAAGCAAAAUCGUCCAAACGCCAAUGAUGGUGGUCCAAGGCUCCCCUGGAAGUCUCUGCCGGAUCCAUUACCAUUUAUGUGUGUCCCUGCACUAAUCCGAAUAUAUAAUAUUCGCAACGAUGCUGAAGUAAGUCGAUUAAUCACAAAUCGUUUUCAUACCGAUUCCCGUUAUGUGCUGCUAUCCGUUCCGGGAUUGGACCAAGUGCAAUGCCAUUCGAUAUGUAUCAACAUAAUUCAAAAUAAAACCGACAGUGAUGCUUUCGCGCGGUGUAUGUCUUUAUUAAACAAACAACAAGGAAAAAUGUGCCCGUGGCAUCUAAGCAAUAAGGUACAGGUAGAGGAUUGUAAUUAGCAUGUUCCAAACAAAUUAACAAAAAAAAUUACUGCCAUUUUUAGAAUGACUAACCGAAAAGAGUUUGAUUUGAAAUCAUAUAAAUUAUGUUUUAGUUGUGAUUCAGUUUUUAUUAGGGUUUUAUUUUUAUAAAACCUUAAUAAAAUACUGAAUAAUCUUAAAAAGCUCUAAAUAAUUUUCUAUUCAAAAGUUUAUAUUAAAAAAACAGAACAUCCAAUCUUCCACAAACAAAAUGAUAAAAAGUAAUAGAAAAU